CUUUAGUUUUGAAGAUAAUUAAUUGGGCAGUGCGUUGCAGGUCGAACAAAUACCGAUAACUUUAGCCCAUUAAUCUUAUUGAUCUUCGACCACUGGUGUAAAUUAUUGAUAAGUCUUAGCCUAAUCGCUUUAUAGGGGGAGAGACACGAAGUUAGUAUGGUUAUCAGCUAGUUAUUUAACAUGUUGAAGGAGUUCGGCUAUUCUUAAAGGCAGCGGAACCCACGACCCGGUGUUUCUGACUCAGUCUUGUUUCAUAUACAAAAUAUUUACCCGAUAACCUAAAAAAUGCGGUGCAUUGUCUCCAUCCUCUCAUUCUCCAUCUUGCUAUCUGGUGCGAUUGUGGCGGCUCGUCGAGCUCCUCUAUUCAAAACACGAGAAGCCAUUAAGGAGCAGUACAUCGUAGUCCUGAAGAGGAAUGCAGUGCUUCCAAACGUUCUACAAUCUCUUCAUGACGAAUCACGGCUGAAAAGUAUAACAUUCAACAACCCUCUGAAAGAGUACAACAGGGUCCUCAAUGGAUUUGCAAUAUCUUUAUCAAAGGAGGCCUUAGCAGUGGUGCGAGCCCACCCCUCUGUGAAGUACGUGGAAGAAGAUGGCCUAGCACACACUACAGAGAUCUGGGGACUUGACAGGAUCAACCAAAGAGAUCUUCCUCUCGAUGAUAGUUAUACUCCAGUCGGUAAUGGCAGCGGUGUGAAUGUAUACGUCCUUGACACUGGCAUCAGAACAACACAUGAGGACUUUGAGGGCAGAGCUGAGUUCGUCUAUGACGCAAUGAACUAUGCUAUCGGAAAUGAUGGUGACUGUCAAGGUCAUGGGACCCACUGUGCCGGCACGAUCGCAGGAAAGCGGUACGGUGUUGCCAAAGCUGCUAAAGUCUACGCCGUACGGGUUCUAGGUUGUUAUGGGUCUGGGUCAUGGUCAGCGGUCAUUGACGGUAUGGACUGGGUUGCCGUCAAUGGUAUUCGUCCAGCCGUUGCUAGCAUGUCUCUUGGAGGCGGUGGACUUCGUUCUGUAGACGAGUCAUUGGGAAACCUCCACAGGGCAGGUGUAACGGUGGUGGUAGCGGCUGGUAAUAGCGACUACGAUGCAUGCCGCGCUUCUCCCGCCAGAGCACCUGAGGCAAUCACAGUCGGUGCGAUCCAAGAUGACGAUGCCAGGGUCUACUUUUCAAACUGGGGCGCAUGCGUGGAUAUCUUUGCUCCCGGGCAUCGCAUUCUGAGUGCAGACUACCGAUCUGAUGACGGAUAUCGAUCGCUGAGCGGAACCAGCAUGGCAUGCCCUCAUGUAGCAGGUGUUGUUGCGGUCCAUCUUGGCUUGAAUCCUGACCUAUCACCAAAUGAAGUUCGUGACGUCAUCCUAGAAACAGCUAGCAGAGACAAAGUCACCGAAUUGCACGAUUCGGAAAAUCUUCUUCUCUAUGUCCCCAAUGAAUCCUGAUUUUCAUACUAAUUUAUAAAUUGUGCAUGAGCACACCACGUUAACAUUUACAGACGAAAACCCUUUUUAUAUAUCACAAAGCUAAAAAGAAUAUAUAAUUAUCAUUCUAUUAAUAGAAAUCAACUAAUUAAUAUACAUUUUAUAUGCAUUGCAUAAUAAAACUAGAGACUUCCAUCUUAUUCCAUGCAGUUUCUUUGAAAAUAAACAUUCCUUUAUGAUAGUCACAUUCAACAUGUUUUUUUUACAUUCAGAUGAUUAGCUAAGUAAUGAGUAUAUAUAGUUUGUGUAGAAUUUGAAACAAGACGCAGAUACAGCUAGAAAUCAACCAUAAAAGAAAGUUUUUGUGCUACUUUGUUUUAUACUUUGCCUUAUGUGCCAUAUUAGAUAUUUUAUUGAAUAAUUUCUGCAGUUUCAACUAAAUUUUAUGAAUAUGCGAUAAUACACUAUGCCUACAAUUUCACAUUAAUAAUAAUAAGGCAUUUAGGAACGCUAUUCAUAGUACACUAUAUCAUAGCGUUUACACUGUAGAUCAAUUUACAAUACUUAAAAAGCUACAUCUAUCCUGGAUACAAAUACGUUUUCAACUGUUUCUUAAAUAUGAAGAGAAGUUUCAGAUCUUAAUGUCAUGGGAAGCUUGUUCCAUUCUUUUGCCGCAGCAACAGUAAAACUAAGUUCACCAGCCUUACUCCGGGUUGUCUGAUAGGUUAGUCGAAGAUGAUCUCCACCUGACCGCAAACCUUGUCGUUUAGGAUUAUGAACCUGAAGUGCCCCCUUGAUAUACUUUGGUACAUGAUCAUGAAAUGAUUUAUAUACAUACAAAAGAAUCUUAAAUAAUAUUCUUUGUUUAACUGGUAGCCAGUGUAAUGCCCUUACUAAUGGAAUAGUAUCAUGUCUACGGUCAGCUUUGUGAAAUACGUGCUGCCCAGUUUUGCAGACUCUGUAGUCGCCUUACGUGCAUUUGGGGGAACUUCUGUAAGGAGUGCAUUAUAAUCGAUCCGACAUAGUACAUGACUACGUACCGCAUGAUGACAUGCAUCUACUGUUAUGUACUUUCGUAUGCGACAUAUAUUUCUUAAUUGAAACCUAACAGAUUUACAUAAAAUCUCUUUCUUCCUCCUAUUUGUUAGAGUUAACUAUGGUAUUUUUGAGAUGGGAUAAUAAAAACUCUUUUAUCAACUACA